AUGUCCGCUGCCGAUGUCGACAGUGCCACCGCCCAGAUGGCCAACACUACCCUCAACGAGCCCACUGGUACCGACCAAGGUGCCAACGUCGGAGCCGGCGGCGACAAGCCAAUCAACGCCGCCGAGAACGAGGCCGUCAUUGCCUCUGCUGCUGAGGGUAGACGACUCUACAUUGGGAACCUCGCUUAUGCGACCACCGAGGAGGAGUUGAAGGAGUUCUUCAAGGACUACCUGGUUGAAUCCACCUCCAUCCCGACCAACCCGCGCACCACUCGCCCAGUCGGCUAUGCGUUCGUCGAUCUCUCCACUUCGUCUGAGGCUGAGCGUGCCAUCGCUGAGUUGAAUGGGAAGGCUAUCCUUGAUCGCAAGGUAUCCAUUCAGCUUGCUCGUAAGCCCGAGGCGCACCAAGAAGGCGGUGCCAGCGGCGAAGAGGGCGCUAGCGGCACGCGUAGGAGGGGAUCCACUCGGGGCCGUGGACGGGCUCGGGGUCGUGGUGGGCGCUCAGGCCGCGGCCGUGGUGGCGGCUCCGCCGAAGGUACCGAGAAUGGUCCCAACGGCGAUGCUGCUGAGCAUAGUGGCCCCACCAACGUCCCAGGCCAGGUCGACCCGCUGACCGAGACCACCAACGAAGCACUCACUGCCGACAAGCCGGGUGAGGACACCAUUACCGUAAACCCGAGCAAGACUGGACGCACUCAUGUCCAACGCGAGCGCAAGCAGCGUGGACCUCCCGAGGAUGGUGUUCCCUCCAAGACCAAGGUCAUGGUAGCCAAUCUGCCGUACGACCUUCGUGAGGACCGCCUCCUGGAACUCUUCAAGGACUACUCUCCGUCCUCCGCUAAGAUCGCGCUCCGCCCCAUCCCUCGUUUCAUGGUCAAGAAGCUCCAAGCCCGCAAUGAGCCUCGUAAGGGCCGUGGUUUCGGCUUUGUCACUCUUGCUUCAGAGGAGCUCCAGCAAAAGGCUUGCGAGGAGAUGAACGGCAAGGACAUCGAAGGUCGUGAAAUUGCGGUCAAGGUCGCCAUCGAUAGCCCUGGCAAGGAGGACCAGGACCCCGAUGCCCCGAUCGAGGGCUCUCCCGAGACAACUGAGGGCGUUCCAUCCACCGCCGAGGGCUCUGCCAACACCGCCGCUGCCGUUGCUAACGCUUAA